CCAUAAUUUUUUUUAAGAUGUUACUUAAUAAAAUUGAUUAGAAUUUUGGAGUGCGAGUGUGAAGGAAGCAACAUAACAGAAUGGUGAUCUGAUUCUGAACCCUCUGAAAUAGAAUCAAUUCUUUGAAAGUGAAUAAGAAGAACAAGAGAUGAGUCAGGGUGGUCAGGGAGGAGGAGGAUCCCAUUCCCUGGCGUUUCGCGUCAUGCGUCUGUGCCGCCCUUCCUUCAACGUCGAACCUCCCCUCCGCCUCGACCCCGCCGACCUCUUCGCCGGCGAGGACCUCUUCGACGACCCCGCCGCCAAUCCCCCCUCUUUCUCCUCCUCCUCCGACUCCGAUCCCAACUACCGCAACCGCUUCCUCCUCCGCCACUUCUCCGACGCCAUGGGCCUCUCCGGCCUCCUCGUUCUCCCUCAGUCUUUCGGAGCCAUUUAUUUGGGGGAGACUUUCUGCAGCUACAUCAGCAUAAACAACAGCUCCAAUUUUGAAGUCAGAGAUGUCAUUAUCAAGGCUGAAAUUCAAACAGAGAGACUGAGAAUACUUCUUUUAGACACAUCAAAAUCGCCAGUUGAAACGAUACGUGCUGGUGGCCGUUAUGAUUUUAUUGUAGAACAUGAUGUGAAAGAGCUUGGACCUCACACGCUGGUCUGCACUGCAUUGUAUAAUGAUGGUGACGGUGAGCGUAAAUAUCUUCCCCAAUUUUUCAAGUUCAUCGUUGCUAAUCCACUUUCUGUUAGGACAAAGGUCCGUGUUAUCAAGGAGACUACCUUUUUGGAAGCUUGUAUUGAAAACCAUACAAAAUCAAACCUUUUCAUGGACCAAGUUGAUUUUGAACCUGCUCAGUAUUAUAGUGCAUCAAUACUUAAAGGUGAUGGGCACCAUUCUGAGAAAGAUAGUCCUACAAGGGAGACAUUUAAGCCACCAAUACUAAUUAGAUCUGGUGGAGGAAUUUACAACUAUCUCUAUCAAUUGAAAACAUCAUCAGAUGGUUUGCCUCAAACAAAAGUUGAAGGAAGUAAUGUUCUUGGUAAACUCCAGAUAACAUGGCGAACAAAUUUGGGUGAACCCGGUCGCCUGCAGACCCAGCAAAUAUUGGGGACAACAGCAACAAAGAAGGAGAUUGAGUUGCAAGUUGUAGAGGUUCCAUCUAUAAUUAACCUUCAAAAUCCGUUCAUGCUAAAAUUGAAUCUUACAAACCAGACAGAUAGAGAGCUGGGUCCGUUUGAAGUUAGCUUAUCUCAAAAUGUUUCAUAUGGGGAGAGAGCUGUUAUGAUUAAUGGCCUUCAAUCAAUGGUUUUAUCAGAGGUUCAGGCUUUAGGAUCUACAAAUUUCCACCUGAAUCUCAUAGCUACUAAACCUGGAAUUCAGAGAAUUACGGGAAUUACAGUUUUUGAUACUAGGGAGAUGAAAUCUUAUGAACCACUUCCAGAUUUGGAGGUCUUCGUCCUUCAAACCCCAAGAGUUAGGACAACAUUCUGACUUCUUUAGUUGGUGCAGAUUUUUGUGGACAUGGAUUAAAAUUGUGGCUACUGCAUCCAAGUUGGUCAGAAGUGGUUGGCAGUAACUUUGGUAUGCUGUUAUCCGCAGUUAAAUGGUGUGUCACUCAUCAAUGUGCCUAAUCAGACCUACCAAGUUCCCAAUUAGUGCCUCUCUGAAGCCACUAGGUUUAAAUUCUCUUCCAGUUAGGGCCAAUGAAUCCUGCAUGAUCAUCAAAGCCUUAUUGGACUAAUUGCAAAGUUCUGUAGCUAAAUUGGAGUAAUGAGUGGUUGAUUACGUGCUGAGAGAUCAUGUCCUUGCUUCUAUUGGUUCAAGGGGCUCGGUUACUUUUGAUUGUCAUUGAAAACCAAUCCACUGUCCCGAUAGAUGGUUUACAUUGCAGUUUUUUGUGUUGUAGUAAAUGGUCAACUAUACUAAUGUAUCUUGUGUACUGUGAAUUAUAUUAAUUAAGAAAACAUUGUUAAUUUAUUAUGGAUUUACUAAGGAAACGAAGAAAUGUAUUACUCUUUGCAAAGCAAGGGCGGGCAAAUAUAUAAUGGCUAGAUAAAAACAAUA